AUGAUAGGCAUUGCCCGUCGCAUACUUGAGGCAAUGCUUAUGGAUGGGAAGCUGACUCAUGAGGUUUUGACGACCUUUAUGGCAGAGGUCAUGGCUAUAAUGAAUUCAAGGCCUCUGGUGCCUGUGUCUACAGAUGUUGAAGCACCAUUCGUUCUAUCGCCACAUAUUCUACUGACACAGAAAACUCAUGAAGUACCAAGUGAAUUCCAGAAUCUUGAUGUCAAGGACAUGUACCGAAGUCAGUGGAAAAUGGUCCAGGUCAUUGCUAACACUUUCUGGAAGCGAUGGAAAACCGAGUUCCUUUUCACUCUACAACCUCGGCAGAAAUGGCAAGAUUCAACGGACAAUCUUAAAGAUGGGGAUGUUGUUCUACUUCAUGACAAAGAAAGUGCGCGCAAUGACUGGCCAGUUGGUAUCAUACACCAUGUAUUUCCAAGUGAGUCGGACGGUCUGGUACGCAAAAUCGAAGUACGUAUCAUCAAGGAAGGAAAGCCAUGCCUCUUCAUCAGGCCCGCUACGGAAGUGAUUCCAUUGAUUACAGUGUAA